UCUGCCUCUCUGUGUUUAGUGUUUUUGUUAUCCAAAUUCUCUUCACUUUUUGGUUCCUGGCCUCCACCUUAACCUCUCUUUCAAUCCAAGUCUACUCCCCCAAUUUUGCUUCAUUUGUUUUCUCCUCACUCUGUAGUGAUCUUGGGUUAGUGGGUUGGUGCCAAACCCCCCUGCAUUUAGUAACCCACAUUCUGUUUCCAAGGAUUUUUCAGACCCUUUUGGUUUCUGGGUAGCAUUUCUUUUUCUACUUUGGUUUAGUGUAACUGUAAGCCAACCCCCAUUGUAGAUAUUAGGGUAUUAAUUACUGGGAUCUUCAACUUGGGGAGUACUAGUAGUAGUAGUACUAGUCUUUAUGAGAAAAUACAGAUUAGAGCUUUAUAAAGACUGAGGCGUUAACCCAACUGGGUUUCUUUUUUUUUCUUUUUCUUUUCUUGGAUGAGUUCUUCUGGGUCUUGGUUGUGUUGAGGAAACUUGGAGAGUAAAGAUGAGAGCUUUUGCCUCGUUACUGGUUCUGGGUUUUGUGUGUGGGCCUCUGUUUAUGGGCUGUGAUUCGUUCCCAUCAAGGGAAGCUCUGGCUCUUACGACCUUUAAGGAAGCCAUAUAUGAAGACCCUCAUAUGGUUUUGUCUGAUUGGAAUUCCUUGGAUUCGGAUCCUUGUGCCUGGUCCGGCAUUACAUGCUCCAUGACUCGAGAUCAUGUUAUAAAAAUUAAUGUUUCCGGUUCAUCCAUAAGGGGGUUUCUUGUAUCAGAAUUCAGUGAACUCACCUACUUGCAAGGACUAAUUCUGCAUGGGAAUAGGCUGCUUGGAAUAAUACCUAAGGAACUGGGUUCGUUAAAGUACCUGACCAUCUUGGAUUUGGGGUUGAAUGAACUCACCGGUCCGAUUCCACCGGAGCUUGGGAACUUGACUAAUGUUGUGAAAAUAAAUCUUCAGUCAAAUGGGUUGUCUGGUAAGCUACCACCUGAACUUGGCAAUCUGGGAUACCUUGAGGAACUUUAUUUGGAUAGGAACAAGCUUCGAGGAACUGUUCCUGCUGGAGGAAAUAAAGGACCCGCAUCUAAUGAUUCCAAAAUACAUGGGAUGUAUGCCUCAAACUUGACGGGCCUUUGCCACUCUCCGCGGUUAAGAGUAGCAGAUCUCUCAUACAACUUUUUUGUUGGUAGCAUACCUACGUGCUUAGAGUAUCUUUCCAGGUCAAGUUUUCAAGGAAAUUGCCUUCAGAAAAAAGAUCUGAAACAGCGGUCUGCAGAUAUGUGUGUUGGUGCUGCACCUUCGAAGCGCCAUCCCACAGUUAACCCAAAGCACAAAUCUACUAAAGAUGACCCCAAAGAUCCAGACACAUCAAAACCAGCCUGGCUUUUGGCUUUGGAAGUAGUGACAGGAACCAUGGUGUGCUCUCUUGUUCUAGUUGCUGUUGUCACUGGUCUUCAGAAAUGCAAUAGCAAAUCUUCUAUAAUAAUUCCUUGGAAGAAAUCAGGAAGUGUAAAGGACCAUACUACAGUCUACAUAGAUUCCGAGAUGUUGAAAGAUGUUGUUAAAUUCAACAGACAAGAGCUUGAAGUAGCAUGUGAAGACUUCAGCAAUAUAAUCGGCUCCUCACCUGAUAGUUUGGUUUACAAGGGCAACAUGAAAGGUGGGCCAGAGAUUGCCGUGAUUUCCCUUUGCAUUAAGGAAGAGCAUUGGACAGGCUAUCUUGAGCUAUAUUUUCAGAGAGAGGUGACAGAUUUAUCAAGAUUGACUCACGAGAAUACAGGAAAGUUACUGGGUUAUUGUAGUGAGAGCACCCCAUUUACAAGGAUGCUGGUUUUUGAAUAUGCUUCAAAUGGGACACUGUAUGAGCACCUCCAUUAUGGAGAAGGAUGCCAGUUAAGUUGGACAAGACGCAUGAAAAUUGUAAUAGGCAUUGCUCGGGGGCUGAAGUAUCUCCACAUGGAACUUGAGCCACCAUUUACAAUAUCAGAGUUAAAUUCUAGUGCUGUAUAUCUUACAGAUGAUUUUUUGCCCAAGCUGGUUGAUUUUGAAAGUUGGAAGACAAUUAUUGCACGGUCAGAGAAAAACUCGGGCUCUAUUGGCAGCCAAGGUUCUAUUUGUGUUCUUCCAAAUUCGAUGGAAGCACGCCACCUGGAUAUCCAAGGAAAUGUGUAUGCGUUUGGAGUACUUUUACUGGAGAUAAUUAGUGGGAGGCCCCCAUACUGCAAGGAUAAGGGGUGCUUGGUAGACUGGGCCAAAGAUUAUCUUGAGCUGCCAGACGUGAUGCCUCAUGUGGUGGAUCCUGAAUUGAAACAUUUUAGUUGUGAUGACCUCAAGGUUCUAUGUGAUGUGGUAAAUCUCUGUAUCCAUCCAGAACCCACCAAGCGACCAUCGAUGCAGGAAGUAUGCACCAUAUUGGAGAGCAAAAUUGACACAUCAGUGUCGCUUGAGCUUAAAGCAUCUUCUUUGGCAUGGGCCGAGCUUGCACUUUCAUCCUAAAUGAGUUAAUUAACACUGUAAAGAAGAAAUAUACAACUGCAAUAGGUUUUUUCUCCCUUGACUUUGUCCUUGUAAAUGGUUGUAAUUGAGGUAACUUGAGGGUUCAUGCAUGACAAAAUCUCUUUGUAUACGAUUUGCUACAAUCUCUGAGUUGCUAAUCAAGUAUGUUGCUAAUUAAGUUUGUUC